AUGUCACCCGCGAGGCGACGCGCGUGCGACUCCUGCUCAGCACGCAAGAUCUCGUGCGAUGCGGCUGAGACUGGUCCUCCGUGUAACUGGUGUCAACACCACAAGCUGAAUUGCACAUUCGAACGCCCCAGCCGCAAGGCCACUACGUCACGCUCGAAGCGCAAGUGCAAGGAGACCCUUGAGAUCGCCAAGAGAUUGGAGUUGGUCGAGGCCAAGCUCGUUCGUGUGCGCGAGCUUCACAACGGUGACCUCGACUCUGAGACAUCUGAUGCUAUAGACGCACCCUCAAUUACUCCCCAGUUCUUAAGAGAUCCAAUACUGAUACUACCGCCCACAGUCGACUCACAGUCUGCUUCACCUGCAUCCUCUUACCUGCAGGCUGAUGAGGCGACCGAUCCAGCUGGCCACUUCUACUUCUUCAGUCACGACUUUGGCACCUUGUGCUCGCCCACAGGUCUGCCCCAGUUUACCGACCGCUGCAAACGAUGGAUACAUGCCGUUACCGGCGAGUGGCCCGACUUCGAAGAAUCGGGCGAUCGGGAGCCACUCAUUCCCUCUGCAGCUCCUCGCCUCAAUGGUGGUCUGACUGAAGGUUCUCCUCUUCCCGAACCAUGGAUCCUCCAAUUUUUGGUCGACGCAUUCCUUCGUUCUGAUUUCAGUCGCUGCUUCCCCUUCAUUGAUCGCUUACUGUUUGAGGAAACAAGGGGACUGGCAUAUAGUUCUCCCGUGUCUGGUGACUCUUGGACCUUAGCUCAGCACAGCGCGAGGGCUUGCGUCUUCGCGUUCUGUGCAAUCACGGCUGAUAAAUUCAGGGACGCACGAGUCUCUAAACAACUCGAUGUAGAAGCCUGUGUGCGUCAGGCUGAGCAUUUGCUCAUCUCCGUGUCAGGAGACGCGAGCUUGACGACAUUGCAGGCCUCCCUCAUGAUGAUGGUUUGGAAGGCCAAGGUGGGCAGCGUAUCAGGCAUCGGUAUCUAUCAUGCAAUUGCUUGUCGAAUUGUCUUUGCCCUCGGUGGCCACACGCGCGUGUCAGCCAUGCGCAGGGACCGCGAGCCCACCAUACAGGAGCGACACGACCAUCACGUGCGCUCCAUGUUCUGGCUGUGCUACAUUUUUGAUAAAGAACUUGCUCUGCGGUCAGGCCAGCCCCCCAUUGUUGGGGACGAAUACUGCGACCUCACCCUGCCCGAGGGGUACCACGAGCAUGUGUACCGGACUCGGCAGAGUACCUAUGAGCCUGAUGAGCUGCCGAUACCUUGGCUGAUUUCAGACCUCAGGCUCGUUCAGAUCAAGUCGAGAUCGGCCAAGGAGCUGUUCUCGGUUGCAGCGUCGAAGAAGUCCGAUGCGGAGCUGCUCCUCACCAUCCGCGAGCUGGAUGAAGAGCUCGAGCGCUGGCGGCUCUCCAUUCCGACGGAAUACGCACCAAAUCUGGCCAUCCGCAAAGGGGCAAAGCUCAGCGAGCACGUGGCGCAGUCCGAGAACAUGCUACAGAUUGAGCUGCACCUGGCCUACCAUCACCUGCUAAGCAUAAUCCACCGCGCAAGCGCACGCUGUGCUGGCAACCAAAGCCGCGAGACGAGCGAGACCAGCUCCGGCCUGCAAUCUAGUGUAGAUCUCUCAGUGGAGGCUAGUAGGUCGACUCUAAUAUUCCUUAGCCUCGCGGCGCAUCGCCUUGAUGGCGAGGCCUUCCGGAUAUUCUACUUUUACCCCCUUUCCGCAUUUAUCAGCCUAUUCUUCAACCUACUGCGCAGUCCGUGCAACGAAUACGCAGAGUUGGACUUGGAGCUGAUCAGAACCGCAUCGGAUAUCAUCAAGAAGAUGCCGAAGAGCAAUUCUACGCCUGACGAGGCCACCUACUUGGGUAGAAUCGAUCGCUUUCGCGCUGAGGUAGCACGCCUGGCGGAACGCGCCGUCGAGAGAUUCCGAGGCGGAUAG